UCCCUGAGAGAACCACAUCAUGGAAGUAGUAUGUAGCACCGACUCGGACGAUCUUCAGAACACAAUCGAGGAGCAAGGACCCCAGGACGGAACGGCUGCAAGUGCUGCACUUAGAUACUCGGACACACUCGCGGACAGCAGUUGAAGUGCACUGGCGCAACAGCAGCAGCAUCGUCUAAACCUUGAAGGUCUCACAACCAUCGCCUGAGAGCAUUUCGCUAGUACUAAAGAAAGCAAGAAAUAUACCUCCCCCGUGGCUAGGUCUAUCUGAUUGCUUGGCGAUUUGGACAUUCGUCGUCCUCCGGUUACCACUUCUCCCAACCGUCCGGCGUACGGCCAGCUUCCGAUUGUCUCCAUCUAUCCAAGCCUCGGAAACUCGUUUCUCGGCAACCGUCGCUCCGUUCUGAUUCGUCGUCCGUUGUCGCCAUGGCUCGGUCGCUUUCCGCUAUCGCCCUUGCAGCCGCUGCACUUCUCGUCCUGCUCUGCUCAGCCCAAGCAGAGGCCAGAGUCAUCACGGUGGGCGGCAAGGGGCGCAGUCCGUGGCGCUACAACCUGCACAAUUGGCGCCCCACCACCACUGCACGUGCAGGCGAUGUGCUCUUGUUCAAGUGGAGGGGCUUCAUUCCCCAUGAUGUGGUUCUCAUGGACUCUGUAGAGGCGUACAACAGCUGUGACUUUGGAUCUGCUAAGAAACUCACACGGAUCACCAACUCAAGGACAUACAGGUACAAGGUGCCAGUGUCAGCCAAGGGCACGACCCUCUACUUCUCCUGCAGCGUGCCUGCCCACUGCUCUCCAUCUAACAUGAAAGUGGCCAUUCCAAUUCAGGCAUGAGAUGCUCUAUUUGCAAAGUUGGCUAUUCAAGGCAUGGUAUACGAUCGAUAUCAUGCCACGACUCACGAGUACUAGUUCUGCACAGGGUAGGGCCUAAACAGUACGAGUACGGUAGUAGGGUUGGUAGAUAUAAGUGCAGGCACGGUAUUGGACCUUGUGCAGCUUCGUAUCAUUGCUACUUGUUAAUGAUCAAUUUAUGUACAUAUAUCGGUUCUUUGGUAACGCAUUCUCGUCUGGU